UUCCUCCAACCUCCCGUCUCACUCCAUCUUCUCUGCAACAUCUCUCUCUCUUACUCUCAUGUCUUCUUCUUCUUCUUCUUCUUCUUCUCCAUCCUACUCUAUCAACCCCACCACUCUCUCUCUCCACUCCAAACCCCACCACCACCCAUCCUCCCUCACCUUCCCUGUCUCCAAACCCUCCUCUCUCUGCCUCUUCCCCAAGGCCCACCGCCACCUCCGUGUCGUCCUCUCGGCAUCUCCAGGCGGCCCCGACUAUGGCCUCGAGGAGUCCCGCUGGCUCCGGGAGGAGCAGCGGUGGCUGCGCGAGGAGCAGCGGUGGCUCCGCGAGGAGCAGAGGUGGGCCCGCGAGAGGGAGUCCCUCCUCGGCGAGAUCGCCAGGCUGAAGCUCCGGGUUCAGGCCCUGGAGCGCGAGGUUCAGAUCCCGGGAAGCGAUCCGGGGGAGGCGGCAAACGUGGCCGCACUCUUGCGGGCGUUGCAGGAGAGGAGUUUGAUUGCGGAGAGCGGGUCGAGCGCGAGUCCGAUGGUAUUGGAGGAGAAGAAGGAGGAGGCGGUGGAGGAGGAGAAGAUUGUAGUGGAGGAGAAAGUCGUUCGGGUUUCGAAAGGCGAAACUAAGGAAGAAGAGAAUGAGAGUGAGAAGAAGAAGAAGAUGAUGAGGAGGGCACUGAGAGUGGGAGCUGAAGGAGAUGAGGUUCGAGCAAUGCAGGAAGCGCUUCAGAGGUUGGGAUUUUACUCAGGUGAGGAAGACAUAGAGUAUUCCAGCUUCUCCAGCGGGACUGAGCGAGCUGUGAAAACUUGGCAAGCCUCAGUAGGUGCCAAAGAAGAUGGGAUAAUGACUGUAGAACUUUUGCAAAGGCUGUACUUCGGGAAAGAAGAUGGUGCAAAUGGAGCUGCAGCUUUGUCGGUGACAGAAAUGUCGGAAAUUCAGCAGACAGUUGUCAAACAAAGUGAUUCAGAAGUUGAAGUAUCUCAACAUCGAGUGUUUCUACUUGGUGAGAACCGCUGGGAGGAACCAAAAAGACUCGCUGGCAGAAAUAGACAAGUUCGUGAAAGCAAGAGUGGCAGCACAACGACCAAGUGCCUCGCUUGUAGAGGAGAGGGUCACUUAAUGUGCACAGAAUGUGACGGGACAGGGGAGCCAAACAUUGAACCACAGUUCAUGGAAUGGGUAGGCGAGGGAGCAAAAUGCCCUUACUGCGAAGGCCUCGGUCAUACAAUUUGCGAUGUAUGCGAGGGGAAAACUGUGGUUUAGGCAGCAUACACAAUUUUGUUCGUGUAGAGUAUCUUUACAUUAUAGAUGUAUAGCUCCUGCCCAGCAAGCAUCGCUAGCAAUAGUAGACAGCAUCAUUGUUGAACUCAAAUUAUGGCUUGGCUCCGUGCUUUUCGACUGAUUCAAAGCCUAA